GGCUACCCGAGUGGACUCAUAAGGCCGGGCCGCCCCCACUAACGCUCCGGGCCCUGCCGUCCUGCGGGGCUCCCAACACGCGUCUCCCUCUCCCCUCCCCUUUUCCAGCCCCGCUUCCGCUGGCGAGGCACCCCCACAGGGGAAGUGACGCUGGCGCCAGGCGAGGUUAUAUAAAGGGUAGGCGGAAGCGAGCGGGGCCGAGCAGGCGGCGGGCGGGGGGCAGCGAGUGCGGGGGUUGUCGCAGCCCUCCGUGUUCCGGCCCGGCCAUGGAUUUCCGCAACAUUCUCGUGAUGGCCUCGGAGCAGCAGGGCCUGAACGCGGUGCCGAAAAGAUACAGUUUGGCUGUUGGUCCUCCCAAAAAAGUUCCCAAAGUCAAGGGCGUAGAGUCUGCAGCAGUGCAAGCAUUUCUCAGACGGCAAGAAGAAGAAAAGAGAAAAAAAGCACUGGAAGAAAGAAGGAAAAAAGAGCAGCUCUUGGCGAGGCGUAUUGAACUGAAACAUGACAGAAAGGCAAGAGCUAUGGCCUCACGAACAAAGGAUAAUUUUUAUGGCUAUAAUGGUGUUCCUGUUGAAGAGAAGCCUAAAAAGAGGAGGGCUUAUGAGAAUGUUGCUCAGGCCCCAGAGGCUGAGUAUGCAACAGAAGAUGAAACUGAGCAACUUGAAUACAGUCAGACAGAAUCUGAGCAUGAGCAAGAAGAAUAUGAAGAGAAACCAUCCAAAGCUGCAGUGAAACUAAAGGCACCUCCCAAAAGUGCACCAGCACCUCUGAACUUUGCAGAGCUCUUGAGGCUUGCUGAAAAGAAACAGUAUGAACCAGUGGAAAUCAAACCAGUGAAAAAGGUAGAUGAGAGGCCCAGAACAGCAGAAGAAUUGAGAGAGAGGGAGUUUUUGGGACGCAAAAACAAAAAAGCAGAAAUGCAUAAGAAAAGUGAGAAGGAGAUUAAGACUACAGGGAUAUCCAGUUCUUCAAAAAAACUGUCUUCUCAAAAAACAUCUGUAAACACAAAACUUAAUAAAAGCUCAGUAGAUAAACAUUCCACAUCUAAAAGCAAUCUGUUGCUUUCUAUGGGUGGUAUCGAUAAGAAAUCCAAAGCACCAGCAUUGACUGAAAAACACCCACGGUCAUCAUCUUCUGCCAGACUUGAUCAAAUGGAAAAAAAAUCACAAAAUGGUUCCUUAAAAAGCUCUUCUGCUAGCAGUCAUAAUAAAUUACCUGUCAACAGCAUUAGAAAGUCUGGCUCGAGCUCUCAAGUGGCACCUUCAAAACCCAUGGCCAGUGGGGCUCAGAGAAUGCCAUCUGCAAAAGAAUCUGGCCUGAAAAAGUCUGCCCAUGCAAAACCAGGAAAACCUGCAGCCCUUCAACCUGGAAUCAGCUCCAAAGCCAAACGAUCUGGCAGCAGCUUAGGGAAGGGAGGGCCUGGACAUCCCGGGGGUGGUUCAAAUGCAGGAGCGGGGCGGUCAAGCAGCAGCUCUGGUGUGGGACCUGGAAGGCCAGGAAGCGGUUUAAGCUCAGGACCUGGGCGACUGGGCAGCAGCUCAGCCACAGGACCUGGGCGACCAGGAGGUGGCUCGGGCGUGGGACCAGGAAGGCCAAUGGGCAACUCAAGCCCUGGACGACCAGGCAGCAGCUCAGGCGUGGGACUUAAGCAACCAGGCGACAGCUUGGGCACCGGACCGGGAAGGCCGGGCAGCAGCACAAACAUAGGACCAGGGCGACCAGGCAGCAGCCUGGGAACGGGACCAGGAAGGCCAGGAAUCAGUCCAAGCGCAGGAGCCAAGCGACCAGGCAGCAGCCUGGGCACUGGACCAGGGAGGCCGGGCAUCAGCACAAGCGCAGGACCUGUGCGACCAGGCAGCAGCCCAGGCACAGCUAUGAAACCCAAGUGUACUGUUGUGUCAGAAACCAUUUCUUCUAAAAACCUCGUCACGAGACCUAGCAAUGGACAGAUGAAUGGAAUGAGACCUUUUCCAGGGCAUAGGCCUGUGCUUCAUCCACGAGGUCUUGGAAGACCACCUAUUAGUUACAAGAGACAAAUAGAAGAUGAUGAUGAUGAAUAUGACUCUGAAAUGGAUGACUUCAUUGAAGAUGAAGGGGAACCUCAGGAAGAAAUAUCAAAACAUAUUCGGGAAAUAUUUGGCUAUGACCGGAAAAGGUACAAAGAUGAAAGUGAUUAUGCCUUACGUUAUAUGGAGAGCAGCUGGAGAGAGCAACAGAAAGAAGAAGCUAGGAGCUUGAGACUUGGUGUUCAGGAAGACUUGGAAGAACUGAGACGGGAAGAAGAAGAACUGAAACGCAAGAGACAGUCUAAGAAGCUGAGGACACGUUAACUGACUUAUGGUGUUGACUUCGUUCACGUUUCUGCUCCCCUCUGCCUCCAUACACCUCUUAUUCUACUUCAGUUUCCAUUUGCUUGUUAGAGGGUAAAAGAAUAUUUAAAGGGAUUAAAGUACUGAAAAGCAAGGCUUUAGUUUGACCUAAAUAAGAUAUUUAUUUUUAAUACUUGGCAGGGUUGUUUUUUUAUGAAGAAAUUAAUGCACUAAUGCAUAUUAAAUGGAAUAAAAUUAAUAGAUGUUUCCAUUGAUUAAACCAGUUCAAGAUGCCAGCAGAAAUACUGACUAGCUAUGCACUAACUUGGAACUGUGUGGGCCACGUACCAGUAAACUAAUUUUGCAUUCAGUUGAAAGAAAGGAAUAGCAUUCUUGCUCCCUAAUAUUUCUUGAGACUUGAAGAGAUUGCUCUAUAUCCUGCCCCGUCUCCCAACAUGAGCCUCAAAGUGUUAAAAUAUCUUCUGUACAGCAGCAGCUUUGGUGUAAAUUCAGCCACAGCCCAAAAGUGUUUAAGGCAAUAAAGUGCUGCCGAUCUUUUGAUUUGAGGACCCAUAAAAAUAAUUUGAACCUCUUUAUUUCUAAACAGAAAAGUGCAUGUCAUUUGCAAACUGUGCAGUGAUGGAUAUGGCCAAAAGAUUGUUGGCUUUUGCUGUGUCUGGAAUUCCAGUGCCAGUCUAAUUCAGUAUGAGAAACACACACCCUGGAAACAGAAACUUCUAGUGUUUGUACGUAACCUGUGCUUUUGGGCUCAAGCAUAUGCUUGGGCAUUCUUCUCCUGCCCCGUAAACCUUCAGAUUUGUUUAACAGCUUCUGCUGCUUUUACAAUUUGUGUUUUUUCUUGCAUUAAACAUCCGAUGGUUAAAUUAUACAAAAUGUGAAGUAAUCAUUUAUCUAAUUAGUUUUACUGUUCAGAAUAUCAGAAUUAAGUUUCGUUAGAAUGCAUUUGCAGCUUUUCAGUCUUACCAUGUUAACUAAUACUUGUGAUUGAUUUCAGCAAGCCAAAAUCCUAAAAUAUGUAUAGUAGGAGAGUUAGUUCAGUUACUUACCUUAAUACCCAUAUUUGCACAUUAUUUCUAACUAUGCACUUAAGGACUGUUUGUUUCAGUAACUGAAUUUGUUUACAAUCAGCACAGGGUUCAUGUAAGUCUACAGGAGUUGCACAGAGAAUUUGCACAGAAGCUCAAAUCUGGUGUUGCAUCUACUUGAAUUUCCCCAUGUUCCCCUGCAAAGCUCACCAGUGUCACUACUCAGCUUUGCCUUGAGCUCCAGGACUCCAUUGGUAGUAUCUGCCUUCAGCUGCUUCAGACCAUUAUGUUUUAAUGCUAGAAAUACUUUUAAAAGUACAAAAAGGGCUUUGGGCAUUGGCUGGGGGUGGGGAAAAAGGAAAAAUUACCUUAUGGAAAAUAACAAUAUUGGGGCUAUUCUUAACAGUGCUGCUUCUAGGAAGCAGUUCAGAUAGCAGCCUGUAAGAAACAGUCUUGGAAGCUGCUCAAGUUUAAACAUCUGAUUCUUAAUGUAAGAAAAAACAGCUUAGCUUUUUUAAGAUGUUUUCUGUUAAUGGUGUACCAUUUCACUGCCUCAGCAAAACACUCACGUAAGCUACUGGUAUAGAUUCUAUAGACUGUCUCAGUAUUAGUUAACAUGGAGCCCAGGUGAAGAUACCAUUGUUGCUCCUCUGUAGUUUCUCUAUUAACUAACAAAAACUGUUUCUCAGUAUGCACUUCAGACCAUGCACGAUAGUGUAACCUCAUUGUCUAGAAGUGUGUUGUAUUCUCUGCUGCAUUGGGACCAUCUCAGAUUUCCUGUUGGAGAUUUUCUGGUUUCUAGAAUUACCCAUUCAGGACAAUGAACUUUGGGACCAUGAUCAGGUUCUGGAUUUGUACUUUUUAAUUCUUUUUAGUUGGAGAAUGACUUGAGGUCCAUCAACCCAGACAGCUCUAUCAUUUGUGAGCAACUUCCUGCCUGGUUGGGGAGAAAAAAAUCUUAUGAAGCAAAAGAAAAUAUAUAAAUUGAAGUUGGUUCAGUUGGGAAAGAAAUCUGCAUUUCAGACAAAUACAGGUUAAGUAAAACCUGAUUAUUUCACCACUUUGAUUAUGUAACCAUGCAAAAUCAGUUAAACUUCUUAAUCUGUAAAGCACUUUGUAAUUUAGAUGGUGAUUGGAAUGUACUCUGCUAGCCUCCCUAAGACACUUGCUUCAUACAGUGAUCAUUGCUUAGAUUUUGUCUCUUCCAUAGGAAAAAUUAUUCAAGGACACAUUUGUAAUUUUACAGUCAAGAAGUACUUUCUCAUAAUUGGCAUGGGAUGAUGAUGAGUUUCCUAUUUUGUACAAAUGUUUGGCUUUUAGUGUGCUUGCAUAUAUGUUGCGUAUUUGUAUGUCAGCUAGGAAGGAACUAAACUCAUUUUUUAAUUCCUGACCUUGUAUCCCAAAACCUGUUUACUGUUUGCCAGAUUAAUAGUAUUCAUCUAAUGACAGUAUUUCAGUACUUCCAAAGUGCAUCUGAAUUUGAGGUGAAGAAAAACUGGAAGAAUGCUUACAUUGGUUUAUCAGGAUUGGAUGUUCAGCUAAUGAAUUAAUUGUAUUUAAGGAAAUUCUGGUUUGUUUUUUGGAUUUUUAAUUCACCGUUUUGACAACGUGCCUUUUUACUAAGUUGUGUCAAAAAAUAAUGAAUGUAGGAGAAUAAAAAUGUUGGUUCCUGCUAUCUCAGAUUCUGUUAUCCUUGAACUUGAGAGUGUGAAAUUACGUACUUUUCAUAAAACCCUUGCAGGUCUGGCUUUGAUUGCACAAUUAAGGUAGCUACUUCUUUACUGCUAAUGCUAAAUCAAAUGAAGGGCACUUUCUACUGAUGAUUACUUUUUGAAAAUGUCUUGUAUUUACACUUGAGCUGUACUUCACUUUACAGUGAUGUCUUUUGGAGGCCAAGGUUUUACGUAUCACAGGAAGCCUUAGUGUGAAACUAUGUGCUGUGCUUUAAAAUAAAAAUCUUUGAAGAAGUAUAUGAGAUCUCUAUGAAAAUCUGGAUUUAUUUUUGUGUAAAGCUCAAAAUAUUGUCCAGGAAAACUAAUUUUCUAUUUUUUUUUUUUUUUUUUGCAUUUUGUAACGCAAUCUAGUAGCUGAUACAUAUUUCUAGAUAUAGCAUAUUUCUGGAGACCAAAACGUGUCAGAAAGAAAAUAAAUAUAUGGAGAGACUGGUGUUUAAAUUGUGAUGAAUGUGCUUCUAUUUAUUUUGGUGAGUGGGUGUGAUGCAAUAUUAAAGUGUUAGUGUGUAAAUAAGGGUAGUUCUAGUUUUAGCCAAUGAUUUUUUUUCCUUUGGGGAUAUCAUGUGUGCACAGUGUCUUUUUACACAAUGUGACAAAUCAGGUUAAAAACUCGUACAUAGCUUACCUGCUCUGGUGCUGUCAAGGAAGUGUAUACUUUAGCACACACCAAAUGCAUAUAAAUUUUGCUGAGUAUGUAUACAAUAAAUUACAGGCAUUAAACAUUUU